ACGUGCCAUGUGUUGCCCUGACAACAACACCUUCGUCGAUGGAGUGGGGUGUGUCAGUGGGUCAUGUGCUGACACCUGUCCUCCUGCCGAGGCUAAUUACACUGCAGAUCCAUGUGAGUUCGCCCCCUCCAACGACGGACCUGAGUUCUACAUGGAGACAGUUCCAGGGUUUGGUCUCAUCAGGAGGGACUGUCCCCUUGGAACCAACUUCAACAACGUCACUUGCGGCUGCCACGACGUCGUCGGCGUUCCUUCGUCUCAAUUGUGUCCCAUGAAGGCUGACAUCUACUACGACAACGUCACCACCGCAUUCGUCGACAACUCCACCAACAACGCCUGGAUCCAGGUCAACAACGUCGCCCUUGGCAACCAACCGGUGUUUUCCGGUUCCAGCAGUCUGGUUGUUUUCGCUCUGGCUGGGGUCACCUAUGGCUCCAAUCUGGAAAUCGACACUGUCUUCUCUGUCAACCCUUCCUCCCCCAUCAACGACCAGAUUGUCCUCCAGAACGGCAAAUGUGGCGAGAACGGACCUUCCUUCAUGCUGUACGUCAACGACGUCCCUGGCAACGCCUCUAUCAUGGACGUGACCUUCACCCUUCAAACUGGCAACUCUGUCGUUGAGAUCAACUCAACCCUGACCGUCGAUAAAACCACCACAGUGAGAGUUGAAGUCAUGUACCCAUCUCGCAGCAACAGCAGCACCUACUCCUACACCCUGUUCGACGACGACACCGACAUUUCUCUCACCUCCGUCACGGACGUCAUGCCUGCCACAACUACAAUCCCCCGGAAGAACGGCGCUCUACAGAUCGGGAGUGGAGACUGCACCAGUCAAGGAUUCUCUGGAUUUGUUGGAUCCAUCUUGAGGAGUGGAAUUCGAAGCUGCGGCAGAGAUUCCUGACGGAAAAGUGUUAAUGUACUCGAAGGAAAUGCGUGACCAUGGACGCUGUGACGUACAUGUACAGAACCAUAUUCACAUCAGUGACUUUCAUUUUUUAUGUUACCAUGCUCUUUGCCG